CCACCUGUAUUCGGUUUCCAGUAUUGUUUUUCUUCUUCCUGCUGCAACACACAGCAUACACAGAGACCCUUCCCUCUCUUUCAAUGGCGUCUUCCUUCUCACCUCUCUCCUCCAUACCUUACUUUGCGGUUCGCAUCAGAGUGUAGAGACGGUUCUGCUUCAAUUGUCUGCUUCGUGUUCAAAUCCUUACCACUGUCUUGAGCAAAGAUCGAUCAAAAGAAGUUUCUCUUUCAAUCUCAGCCGAGGCUGCUCCGACUCUCACUAUCUUUCUAGCAAUCUUGACGGGCCCUAUCUCUAACAUUUCAUCGCUCAGGCCUCCCUCACUGCUUCUGAAUCACAGCCUGAGUUUCUGUGGUGAAACAGAGGAAAAACAUGCCAAGACUCUAAACCUAAUAAAGACUGUUGGUUAUGAUAUGGCACACAUGUUUUGCAUACAGCACGAUGGAAAAAAAAACCCAUGCCUACAGAAACUAUGUUGAUGAUGUUUCUGAUGAGGUCAAGCAGAGGAGGCUUACAGAACUUAUCCAGGCAUUCCGGGAGAGUACAGGUCAAUGUUAUGACUCUCGGGUUGGAAACCAUCCAACUUGUGCUGGUUGAAGGACCCAACAAGAGAGCUCCAGAGACAGAGCUCAUUGGUAAAAGUGACAGAGGCCUUAGAGUUUCAUUCCUUAAUCUUCCUCUGCCAGACCGACUCGGUGGUAUUAACGACGAGCAGAAUCCUACUUUGUUGGGGAUUUUGUGGAAGUCCACAUUACAAAGUCGACAAAAGCAUCACUUUUGGGAAAGGCACUUGCUAUAACUAAGUUAGCUCAUAUUACAGCCAUGCAGAGGAAGAACCAGCCAUUGCCCGUGCAAGCCAAAGUUGAAACUCAGCUACCUCUAGUCUUGUAUGAUAUUUUCUCCUUGUUUCCAUUAUUUCACAAUUAUAAAACUGCAUCAAUUCAUUCUUAAGGCUGGCUGAUAAAAAAAAAAAAAAAAGGAAAGAAAGAAAAAUCCUUCUUUGGACUUCAGCAACAAUAUUUUAAACACUGUUCCUGAAACUUAUUGUAAUUUCCUUCAUUUUUUUUGGUUAAUCCAUACUGUAGUAGAUUGUAUGCCAAAUGGCAGCAACUCAUCGAAGAGCAAAGACAAAAUACUUGAAUUCCUUGUUGGGACUCAAAACUCAAAACAGUUCCCUCAGAAGAUGGUGUGUGUGCAUGCACAGAAACAAUAAUAAUAAUGCGCAUGAAAGAGC